CGCGAGCAGUACGCCGCUAGAAGGUUCAUAAUUCGUAAAUUAUUUGGUGGUACCACAGAGUUCUGCAUUAGUGGUUGGAAUUGUAAAUGAGUCGUCCAGCAGUAAUCCUGCAACACGAUCUUCGAGUCUUGCCGGAUAAAGUGUUUUUAAUUUACUCAAUCGCUCUAUAAACCUCAUGUAUAAAAGUGUCUCGCAUACACGUGACUGUAGAAGAAACUAAAUAGUGCAUCGACACGUACAUGUUUGCAGUGCACUCGCUACCGGGAACCAGGAAACGCCAGAGAAAGACGUGCUCCUUCGGUUCGCUGCAUCGGGAUUUGUUGAGUAAAAUGCUUUCGGUCUAUUGAAUCGAUGACGGCAUCGUAUCCGCUUCAUGAGUGCGUUUUCAACGGUGAUACCCGUAAGCUAUCGUUGCUGCUGCGGACCCACGAAAUCGCUGAAAAAGACAAACAUGGCAACACACCUCUGCACCUGGCUGUUAUGCUGGGACGAAAAGAAUGUACCUUCCUCUUGCUGGCACACGGAGCACCGGUUAAAGUAAAAAACACUCAAGGAUGGUCCCCUCUGGCAGAGGCCAUCUCCUACGGAGAUCGGCAGAUAAUCAGCUCGUUGCUUCGCAAACUGAAGCAACAGGCACGCGAGCAGAUGGAGCAACGGCGACCGAAUCUGGUGAAAGCCCUCAACCAAAUGGGUGACUUCUACAUGGAGCUCAAGUGGGACUUUCACUCGUGGGUCCCACUAAUAUCACGCAUCCUGCCCUCGGAUGUGUGCAAAAUCCACAAAUCUGGCUGUUCGAUCCGGCUCGACACCACGCUUGUCGACUUCUCCGAUAUGCGCUGGGAGCGCGGGGACAUUUCAUUCAUCUUCCGGGGUGAAAAUCCACCGAAAGACUCGCUGACGGCGCUCGACAACGAGUGCCGCUGCUAUCAGCACGUACGCCACGAAGAAACGGAGCUGGAGAUCGAGGACGAGGUCGACAUUCUGAUGUCCAGCGAUAUCCUCGCGGCGCAGAUGUCGACGAAGGGCAUUAGCUUUACGAAAGCACAAUCGGGCUGGAUCUUUCGCGAGGAUCGCCGCGAAACGGUGGCCGGUCAGUACGACAGUGAUCUGUACACGAUCAACGGUCUGACGCUCGAGCAGCGUAAACGGCGGGAGCACCUUUCGCGCGAUGAUCUGCAGAAAAACAAAGCCCUAAUGGAGUCACUCACCAAGGGCGGCGGUCAGACACAGGCGGUCGACCAGAACGGGGAAAUCUAUCGACGCGCCUCGCUGCAGCCUCCAGUGACCAGUGGCACCACCUGGGAGGAGUACAUUGCCGCCGACACCGGUCAAUACCCGAACCUGGGACGGGACCUAGUUUAUAAGGAAUCGAGUAAGAAUUUUAAAGCAACCGUAGCUAUGAGCAAAGACUUUCCACUGAGCAUCGACAUGCUGCUGAACGUGCUGGAGGUGAUAGCGCCGUUCAAGCACUUUAGCAAGCUGCGCGAGUUUGUCACGCUGAAGCUGCCGAGCGGGUUUCCGGUCAAAAUCGACAUCCCCAUCCUGCCGACCGUUUCGGCCAAGAUCACGUUCCAGAAGUUCGAGUUUCGGAACGAUAUCUCGCCCGAUCUGUUCGUCAUCCCGGACGACUACAAAGAGGACACAAUGAGAUUUCCUGAUUUAUGACCUUUCGAUCUCGACCGAUUAAACACUGCUGCUCGUUGCUCGUUGGUCAGCGCGAAGCAACGGACCACACGACGGACCAUCCAUCGGAAUCGGCCCCACCAUCGGCAGCAAAACAGGCACAAGCAGCCACCGAUCGCGAUCUCUCGCUCCUCUCACGCUCCUUCGUGGUUGUCGUCGAUCAAUGUACCCGCCGUGCAUUGCACAUCUUAACGCUAAGCGAUCGGCUCACCGCGCGGCCGUGCUGUGUCCCUCCAGAAACAGUCCGGCUUGCCCCGCAAAUAGCAGAUCAAUGUCUAACGUCAGAUCGGCAGCUGUGGAGGGAUGAAGAAGGACAUUUUCUCCGUCGCUCCAUCAAGGGUGGUCAGGGGAACACAAUAUGUAUUAGCCUCUUAGAAUGGGUAGUAUUUUUAUUGUUUGUGUAAGUGAGACCACUAGAACGAAAAUUAUGUCCUGUUUCCUAUCCGUUUAGCGAAACCCCGCUAGAACACAAAAUUGUAGUAGAGAAACAACCGCGCGCCAGCGGAACACACUUUGGUACAGGGCCGUUUUAACGGGACUUUUCCUGCAGGACUAUGCUCCGACACAACAAACCAAAAACCAAAUAGGUUACACGAAUAUUAUCGAGUGACAGGACGUGAAAUGAUGUGGAAACGUUUACUAAUGAUGAUUGCAAAUGUAAGAUAUGCAUUUUUGGGAUCCCACCAAAUUUGGGUCUACAAAUGGCACACAGUUUUCUUGAGGGAACAAAAUGGGCUCUGGUCUGGAAUCGGGAAAACAAUAGUGGCUCGUUAUUCCAACGAACCUCCAGUUGAUUGAUCAACGUCUGGUCCUUGUGCGCCAUUUGCAUGCGUUCAAUGUCUUUACUGUAAUGGGCAUCUAUCAAGAAGUUGUUUGGUGUAUUGAUCGUGUCACGCUUUCCCGAUGGUUGUGGUUGGUUUGUAAUGAUCGUUGUGCUUCAUGGUGAUCACGGCCCUUAGCUGCGUAUGUGUGUAUGUGAGUGUUAAUCGAUCGUGUAAUCGAUCCAAUAUUUGGUCAACAAGCUUCGACAGGGAUUCCAAGAUCGAGCGAGAGAGAGCACCAACUGUUGUCAGACACCUACCGUGGAUAUCAGUGAAAACCAAAAUCAGCAAUUUGUAAGAUGUUUUGUUAGCUCUGGAGAUAGAGGACAAAAGCGCUGUACAAAACGGCACUGCCCGUUCCUGGAGAGAUGAAAAACAAGAGGUGAAUCGAAAGGAGGGUAAAAGAACAAACAUAAAAA